AUGUCUUCUCGCGACACAGGUGCUGCGCGAGUACGCUCUCGCCGCUCUAUUGCACAUGUACCCCGAUCGAGGAUGACGUCUGGUCUGGAUAAGGAGAAUGCGACAACAGACAUCGGCGCAGUGACACCUUUUGAACCUAACACGAAACCCGCCAUGAAAGAUAAGAAGUCGCGAAGUAAGAGUUUAGGACCUGGUGGACUGGACGCUUUGCAAAACUCCAAUGGCAAUCGACGCCAGUCUACGGCCUCGUUUCCUCUCAAAUCAAUUCUUAAACCUACCGUUCCCGUAUCUCCAGUGCGAAACAUUCCAUCGUUCGAAGAAACUCGUCGUCGCACCCCGGCUCGUAAAGCGCAAAGCCUGGAGUCCAGCUGGGAAUCCAGCAGUCAGAAUCAGGAGGGGCUUUUGAUAGACUUUGCAACACCUCCCCGACCAGCCGCUGAAGGAGAUGAUACUGCCAAUCCAUUCGAUACUUUCAAUGCAACAUCUGCGAUUCGCGAGGAGAUGGCAGCUACCAAGGAGCGCGAUGACAAGGAGCGUCGGGAGCGCGAACGCCAAGCUAUAUUAGAGAAACGAGCGGCGCGACGGAAGUCUAUGGCCAACCGUCGUGUAUCAUUUGCCCCGGAGGCUACACUGCACACCUGGAACGUUGUGGAGAUCCCCGACGACUCGACAUCUUCGUCUGCAGCAAACUCUACUCGACGUGCCUCUACUGCGAAAAAUUCGGAACCCACGGCCCAGGCACCAUCCCCUGCCAAAGAUGCUCCAUCGUCACCCGAAACAGACGCUGGCUCGGACUUCGGGUUCUCACCAGUUCGCCAACAAGAUCUUGAGCUGAUACGAGGUCGCUCCGGAUCUUCAGGCGAAGACGAAGGCCCGGCGGAAAUGUUCUCCAGUCCAUUCAGCGGAAGCUCACCAGGCAGCGAAGAUACUGGCGCACCAAGCUUGGGAGAAGUGGAGGAAGAUGAUGGUCAUACCUCCGAGUCAGAUGAUGGCUUUGACGCCGAAAGCACUGCUAUGAGUAUAGAUGACAUGACGGCCCGUUCCGGCGUCAGUGUACAGUCCGACGUUUCGUCUAGCUCGAGCUCCAGUGCCAGACUGAAUGACGCAUUGCGACAGGCUGCAAAGGAAGCCGGGACGCAAGCCGUUGAUGAAGAGGAUGGGGAAAUGUCGAUGGAAAUUGCUGACCAAGAAAUCACUGGCGCUUUCCAACCCUGGAUCAAGAAGGGCCAAAGACAAAGCUUCGACUGGUCAGACAUUAGUGCUCGAAACGACCAAGAAAACACGGAACCAUCAAAGGUCGCUUCAGAAAACGAUGCCCCCGGGUCAGAUGAGAUGGAUGAAGAUGAAGAGAUGAGUAUGGACGUGACGAAUGCGAUCGGACGCAUACUAGGUAAAUCAUCUGGUCAUCGGAAGAGUGCCGUGCGUCGUCAGUCCACUGCACAGCAAAGCGAAUACGAUGAUCAAACCAUGGAGAUGACAAACGUCGUCGGGGGAGGAAUUGAAAGGGUCGAAUACCCCCGGCUCGAUGAUAACGACAACGCCGACGAAGAUGAAGAGAUGACCAUGGAGUUCACUUCGGCCAUUGGAAAAGUCCUCAGCAAAGGGCCGUCAUAUGGACAAGGUGCAGACGUUGAGGCUGAACAGUUUGCUACUGACACAACUAAGUCAGACCGCAUGACCGACGAUAAAGAUAAAGGCUCAGAUGAUGGGAUGGACAUGGAAAUGACUAGUGCAGUUGGUGGUAUCCUUCCAUCGGGGCUGGAAACCCAAGACAAAGUUCAAGCAAAGAGGCUCAUGGAACUCGAAGCCGAGUCCGGGCAAUUGAACAGCUCUCCUUUCCAAGAGAUCACUCAAAAGUCCCCAGCAAAAUCACCUUUGUCAUUUCACGUGGCGGCGGUGGCCUCAGAGCAUGGAAGCCCCAGCUUGGCGAGUGUCAAAUCCCGGACUCCUCAACGUAGUUCUCUUUUGGAGGAAUCGAAAACACCAGAGUCCAACAACCCACGUCGUUCUCCACGCAAAUCACCGACAAAGAAACCAUUAACCCCUCCUAAGCAGUCUACACCCCAGACGAAGCCGGCCACGCCAAGCAAGACACCCCCAUCUGCAAAUGUAUCAUUCCGGAGUGCUUCUCCAAAAAAGCUUUUCCGACCUGAACUUCAACUUCAACGUUCCGCGGAAAAGAAGAAAUCACCACGCCUCAGUAUAUUCGAACACGGCACAAAUGGUGGAUCCUCAACCCCUCGAAUUGUAUUGCAACCCCGAGAGGCACGACGCUCAUCCGGCCUGGGAAUUGACAAAGAAGGACUUGGGUCUCCCCGCGUAGUUGCUUUACUUGACAAGCGCCUGUCACUCGGUGAAAACACACCCCAGUUUGUCCCUCAGCAACAGCCGCGAGGUGCUGUGCGCUUUGAAAAUCCGCUGAAGAUGCAGGCGGAUGAGGAGAGAGACCGCGAGGAAGAGGAGCUCAGAGAGGAUGGGCAUAUCCAACCUGCCAACCCCACGAACAGCGAUAUUGGCUCAAAUCUGAGGAAUAUGAUUUCUAGUAUGAGCCCGAAGAAGGGCAGAAUUGGAAGUCGGAAAAGCCUCCAUGUUGGCGCUGCGCGUGGCAUCCUUGGCAAGCGACCAGCUGAGCUUGACUCCGACGAAGACGAAGUCGAGAACUCUCCUAAACGCCUCCGUGGUCAUGACGUGAGCCCUGUCAAGGCAGUACGACUCCCAGCCCCGUCGUCGGCCAAGAAGGAUCCCACCCGGCGGUCGAUUCUCUCUCCUGUCCGUAGGGCUCGGAGCUCCUCGCCACUCAAGGGUAGUACUACUCCCACCCAACAGCCGCAGAGUGCCUCGAAGAAGGGAAUCACUCCUCUCAAGGAAGGUGUGGAUUCUCUCCAUAUUGCUUCAGACCCCCAACAGUCAGAACCAGAAGAGGGCCUCCCGGAUCAAGAGCCUGAGCCUGAGGUAGAGCCUAUUCAAUUGCAAGACUUCCUGAACAUGACCAAUAUUCAUUUCAUGGAACUCACAACCACGAAGAGACGACACACGACCGCGCCUGGAAGUGCCACUAGGAGAUUGAGCAGACGGUCUGGAGAGCACGUUGCCAAGGCAGGAACGUUCACCUUUGAUGACUGCGUGGCUGCUGCACUGUGCACAGUUCCUAUGCUGGAGUUGUAUCAACACUCCUGCCGUGAGUUGAAGUCGUAUAUCUCCGAAGGCCGUCAAGUCAUCCGAUCCAUCGAGGCCGAAACCUAUACAGAGAACCCUCCCCUCUUCCGAGAAUAUGUGACAGCCCCACCAGACAUUCGAGUGAUCAUGGACAACCAGUUCCGGAAUGUGAAGACGCACGCGCGACUGUUGAGUAAGGCGACAUGGUAUGAAUGGCGAAUGAAGUUACUUGAGGGUCUCAAAGAAGGGCUUAUCCGUCACGUGGAUGACAUGAAAGCCGACGAUGUUUUAUUGUCUAAACGCGAGGAGAUUCUCAACAACAUUGUCCCUCCACUGGCCGAGAAGCAAACAUCCCUUGAACAAGAAGCAGAAAAUUUGAGGCAGCUGGUAGAAGAAAUGGAGACUUGCGAUCAGGAUGAGCUGCGCGGCACGCGUGAGAAGCUGUCGACUGUUGAUGAUGAAAUCGAGGCCAAGCAACGAGAACUUGAGCAGCUCCAGGCAGAGGUUCAAGAAAAGACCGAGAUCAUUGAUGCAGGAACCGAGAUGAGCAAUGAGUUCUUAGGUGAAAUCCAGGAAGCGGAGCGUAUCAAGGAGGAGUGCCGUGGGUGGAGUGCUCGCGACAUCAAUGAGCUGAAGAACUCCGUUCAACGUAUCGAGCGCCAGACUGGUUGGUCGAUCCUCUCUGCCUCUUUCUUGCCGGGGAAAUCCGCCGAUCCUAUGUUGGUCAUGUCCUAUCAGGGCCAACUCCAGAUCAAGUUUCACCCCGGCGCAUUUGCGACGAAGACAUCCAACGGCACAGAGAAGACCAACCGGCUUCUCGAACUCAGCUCCGUGAAAGGCAAAACGACCUCACCGAUCGCAUCUUUCGCUCUCCAAUCAAUGCAGAAACACCUCUCCACGAUAAAUCAAUCCAAAACUGCCCCGAACGAACUGCUCCGUUUUAUCUCCUCCGCCUGGGAUCGCACCGGGGGCCUAGAGAACGAGGCCCGCAUGCUUGAAUUCUGCGGCGUCACUCGCCUCACCCUAUCGGAGCCAAUUAAUUCCUCUCUCUUCCUACGUGCCCGUUGCACCGUCCUCGGCCAUACAGCCGUUCCCUCUUCGCCUAGCCGCAAGGCUUCCGCAGCGAAGAAGACCGGCACUAAGCGAAUUGACGUGGACUUUAACGUCCGUACCCGUAUCAGCACCUGGAGUGAAGAUGCCAAAGAAAUUGGCACUCUCGAUUUCCGCAUCGAUGCCAUCGCGACGAAAGUCUACGGCUUCGGCACCCACAAUGUAUUCCGUAUGGAGUACCUUGUCCCUCGUACCAUUAGGGUUCCCCCACCAAACGGAAGUCGGGAAUCGGCACAGCCGGACUCCGAGGAGGAGGGGGCUAACCUCCGAUCAUUGUGGCAACCGGAGUUGAGUCUUCACCAGCACAUCCGCAAUUUCAACCCGAGCUCUAUUAAGUUCCUGAAUCUUUUCAGGGGAAACCUCCAUGUUCCAGGGUCUAAUGUAUUCGCGCUAAAGCGCUUUCCCGAAUUCCCUUUGGCCUGUGAUAUGUGCUAUCGGAAGAAGACGAAAUGUGAACUCGAGGACUCCCAUCUAGUCUGUGUACAGUGUACCCGGCGUGGCUCGCAAUGCGUCUUUCCUGGUAACCAGCCGCAGCCGCAGCCACAGCCGCAGCAGGAGGAGCAACGAGACGAAUAUGUGCACUCUUUGAAGAUCCGCCUUGAGAAAGUCGAGGCACUGUUGAAAAUGGCUGGUGUCCUGCCCGAGGAUGACAUGACUAAUGAUAAUUUGGAUGAGAACGAGGAUGAGGAUGAAGAUGGUGAUGGCGAUGAUGGUGAUUAUGGAGACGAAAUUGGUGAUUUUCAUGACGCUGAUGAUGAUGAUUGCCCGGGUGAUGACUGGGGAGUACCUGAUCAGCACAAAGGGUCUUCAGAAAACACUUCCCGCCCUUCGUUUGAGUCAACUACUUCACCGGAUACUGACCACCGAUCGAAUAAACAUGAUGCUGGCGGUGACCUUGAGGGUACACCCAUCUUCCGAGCGCAUGAGAGCGACGAUCCACGUUAUCUUGGGAGAUCCUGCUCAUUGUCAAUUCUUUCCAGAGGAGGCAUCGAGUGGAUCAAGAGCAAAACUGGCGAUCUCAGUUUCUUGCGUCUUCUUUCCACUGACUCCGUUCACGAUAGUCCAUGGGGCACGUGGCGACCAGAUGUCUUUCACGAUCUUUUCGCCUCCCAAGUUUACCGGCCUCUACCAUCACGUUUGGAGGUGUUCUCGCUGAUUAAUGACUACUUUCGGUCAGCGAAUAGACUAUUUCCGAUCUUUCAUGAGGGUUCGUUUAUGAAGAUGGUCGAGUGGCAAUAUACUCAACAAACAUGUGACGAUGCGGCACGAUGGGCCAGUAUCAAUAUGGUUAUCUGCCUGGCAUAUGAAUUUCGAUACUCGAACAGCUUGAAACCGGAGAAAGACCGUGAAAGGGCUCGGAUGUAUUUCAAGAAUGCCAUGUCCGUUUUUACAGAGCUGGCCUUGCGACGGACUGAUCUUUUGAGCGUCCAGGCUUUAAUGAGCAUGGCAUUUUUUCUACGCGGAAACUCCGGCACUCAAUCUGCAAUGCCGUUCACCACCGCAGCUAUGCGGUCCUGUCAGCGGAUGGGUUUACACCGAAACAUCCAUAGGCCAGAUUUGAGCCUCACAGACCAGGAACAGCGACGACGUGUAUUCUGGGUUGCCUUUACUGUGGACCAAAGUACUUGCUUGAGGGCUGGAAAUGCCCCAUCGCAACACCCUGAUGACUUCGAUGUGCCUCUCCCACAGGAACUGGAAGAGGAGAAAAAGAACCCCGAGAUGGCCACCAGCAUCACAUUUUUCCGCCAACUUUGUCGCAUGUCAGUAAUCAAGAGUCGCAUUUUCUGUCGACUAUACGCUGCCAAAGCAAUGCAGAAGCCACCCCAUGAAACCUACAAGGUAGUGAAGGAACUACAUGCAGAGCUCGAAGAGUGGAGAAAGGACUAUCCUCUCGAAGCACCCGAGCGAAAAAUUGCUCAGACCGAUUUUCUAUUUGGCUUUGGAGCUAUCGGUCUCCACCUCGUUUAUUAUAAUGCCUUGAUCAUGAUUCAUCGAAUACCCCUCCUUCUCAGCUUCUUAAUAUCUUCUCGAGAGAAUGAGCCAGAGGAUCUCAAGUCUUUUAGCAAAGCGCGAGCAUCGAAAGCAGCUGUCAUUUGUGUUACGGCUGCGCGAGAUACUCUGAAACUCGUCAAUAACAUGCCAUGGGGAGAUAUUGCAUGGAUCUGGUCCCUGUUAUACUACGUGUUUCUUGCCGCCGCAACCAUUUUUUCAAAUAUCCUCCGAGACACCCACUCCUCGUCAGUACGCGAUGAUCUCCAGGCUCUCAACAUGGCUUCAACUUUCUUCGCAACUCUUGUCCCAGGUGACGGGCCUGCCAAUUACGCCGGUUUCAUGGCCAAAGUCUGCGGCCAUCUGGAGCGUACUGCGCGGCUCGUAGUAGCCAAGAAUGAGAAACGGGCUCGCAGCCCAGAAGAUAAAGACCAGGCCCAGCACCCACCGACCUCAAAAAGGCAUCUCUCGCGCACGGCCUCGACCUCGACGUCAAAGCUCAAACCUCGUCAGCGUCCCACAACUCUUCGAACGUCAAUGAACACCGAUGCUACAGGCUCUUUCCAGUAUCACACAUCCGACACGCCACGCGCCUCAAACCCAUCCGCGACAGCCAGCUCUUACUUGGCGGACUUCGGAAUUCCAGAAUCCAUCGAAGGCCUACCCCCGGUCAACUCCUCGGGCUACGUCGUACCCAUGAGCCCUGGUGAAACCGAUUUCUCCAAUGCAACUUUCCCCAACCAACCACCCCCCCCUCCGCUUACGACAAAUUACACCGGUCUCGGCCUGAGUAACAUGAACACCAACGCCUCCAACUUAAAUGCAAUGUCCUGGCCCCAGACCCAUCUACCCGACCAACAAGGCAACACAACCACCUCCUCCCCACUAGACCCAAAUGAAUCCCCCUUCUCCCAAACAAGCGCCCAAAGCGCAUCGAUCCCAGAAUCCUGGCAGGUCCCUUUGACAGCGGACUGGGAGUACGGCGAUAACCUCUGGUCGGGACUUUUCCCCACAGAAGCAAUCGCAGCAGCCGGCGUAGGCCAAGAGAUCCCAAUGCCGAUCCUAUCCGCCGAAUCAUACUUGAACCAGGGCCCGUCGCAGAACGACCUCCACACAGCGACCAACAAUCCGGAACUCCCCUUCGGCACGGAUAAUAUAGAUUAUGCGCAGAUGUAUUCUUCCUCUGCGGCGCAGGGCUCUAACCCGGACCCUGAUAAUUGGCCGCAGGGGUUUUUGGGUCUUUUUUAA